UAGGAAACCCGACAUAUUCACAAGAAGAGCCAAUGGAUCCGAAUUUGGUGUUUGGAAAUUUGGAGUUCGCUGUAGAAAGUGUUCCAGCAACUCCCGUGGUCACAACAGAACAAGCAAGAUUAUUAUUUUUGCAUACGCACACGUGGCUGAAACGCGUCAGACUUUAUUACACCCUAAGAGACUUUCCCUUGCAAUAUGUCAACGGUGUGUUGGAUUUGAGCGAGCUUUAUCGUUACUUGGCUUUUUACGAACCCGAUUUAGAGUCGAUGUAUAACGUUCAGAAACGUCGAGGUGACGCGUUAGAAACUUUAAGUGGAAUAUUAAAAGAAGUUAGACCCCAGUGCUACUUGGCAGUUAAUAUCGAGAUCAUUCGAGAAUUAGCAGAGGUCCAAAUCGAACUACUGUCGUUGAACUUGAAGAAACUUUAUGCCAGUCAAGAUACCAAACAGCAGGAAGGCGAAGACGUAAUCAAACGCAAAAUCGAUGCAGUUUCCGAUAUCCAUCAACGAUUAGGAAGUGUGGAAACCUAUUUCUAUGCUCGACCUAAAGCAACGGAACGGGCAGUUGACGGCGAGCCAUCGGACAACGAAGUAAUGACGGGAUACGACACCGAAGGAGACGCUACAGCAGUAGAUGUACCAGUCAGGGACGUGGUCAAUGUCGAACAGGAAGAAAAGAACCAGAAGGAAGCAGAGGAAGUAACUGAGAACGAUUGUUGUGAAGAUUUGAAAAACGAAACAACAAAUUCUUAGAAAUAUUUCCAUCAUGUACAUAAAUAAACUUGCUGAAACAAUUUUGAAAAUACAUUUUGUUUGAAGAAA